AAUUUGGAGUGAAAAAAAAACCCAUGUCCCAUUGGACUUUUUCCCCCUUAAAAUAGCUCUCUCUCUCUCUCUCUCCUCCCUUCCCCGCCGCCGAUUGCACCGUCAGUCUCUCCUUCUUCAGUUCAGCCUCUGCGUUCGCCGGAUUUUUCAUCUUCUUCCUCUCCUUCGAACCGCAGACCAGAUAUCCUUCCAAAAUCCUCAAAGACGGGUUGGUUCUCACUAUCUCGACGGUUCGGUUUCAGGUUUUAAAGCCGAACCGCAAACACAACUGUGAUUUUUUAGCUUAAAUUUAGAGCAUUUUGAUUAAGCAGAGGGCUUCUGCCCCUAAAACGCGAAUGCUUCGCCUCUGCAUUUGUUCGUCCUCUCCUUGCCGCCAUUGGAGUUCGAAGCUCAAUUACUCCCAGUUCAACCUGCCAUGCGUUUUGGUAAAAUUGCCGCAAUUAAUCACCCACACCAACUUCGCCGGAAUGUUUGCUUAUUGAUGAAUUAUUUUUCGUCCUGUGCUCUCAGCAGUUUGAAUAUCAUCGAAGAGAGCAAUACCCACAACUGGAAUUACCUGGAGUUGCAGUCUCGAAUGCAGAACUAUGCGGCUUCUGGUGAUCUUGCUGAAGCUCUUGAGACUUUGAAUUUUAUGAGAAAUGUUGCUGGGAAGCCCUCUGUGUAUGAUUUCAACGCUUUGUUUCAUAGAUAUUUGAGUUCUGGAAAUGUUCUGUUGGAACCAUUGGUUCAAGUGUAUAUAGGAAUGAAGAGGUUUGGGCCAACCCCAAAUAAAACGACUUUCAACAUACUCCUUAAUGGACUUAUGUCGUUGGGUUAUCUUAGAGAUGCAUAUUUUUUUGCAGAAGAGAUGAGCAAGAGUGGGAUAAAUCCAUCCUUUACAUCCUUAUCCAAAUUGCUUAAAAUUUCGAUGAAAUCAGGUAGUUUAGUUCAUUCUAUUUGGAUAUUCAAGCUCAUGUUGAGGUUAAAUCAUUUGCCAACUGAACCUACUUUAGCCAUGUUUGUUUGUAUGCUUUGUAAAGCCGGGAUGUUGGAAGAGGCAUUCAGCUUGUGUGCUGCAAUUCUAUCCAAAAGUUUUAAUUUUCAAGCAUAUGUAUUUAAUCCUGUUCUUUGGGCUUUAUGUAAGUGUGGCAAGAGUUUUAUAGCUUUGCAGUUUUUUUAUAUGAUGAAAAAGAAAGGCAUGACUCAUAAUGUAUGUUCAUAUACUGCUUUGCUUUAUGGAUUUGGAAGGGAACGUUUGUGGGUACAUCUUUAUUGUUGUUUAGAUCAAAUGAGAAGUGAUGGAUGUAAGCCCAAUGUCAUUACUUACACGGUCAUUAUUAAGUUUCUUUGUGAUGAUGGAAGGAUUGGUGAAGCAUUUUAUUUCUUGAAACUCAUGGAAGGGGAGGGAUGUGAUCCAGACUUGGUAACUUACAAUAUAAUUAUCCGUGCUCUUUGCCUUCACGAUAAAGCAUAUGAUGCUGCUGAGAUUUUGCAGGUGAUUCAUCACAGAGGUUUCUCUCCUGAUGCAUAUACGUAUACUGCUUUGGCUGGAGGUAUAAUGAAAGUAGGAAAGUCAGACAUUGCUUAUGAGUUAUUGUGCAAUGUGUUCUCGAGAAACUGUACAGUUGACGUUGUUGUGUACAAUAUAUACUUACAUUGCUUGUGUCAAAAUACUAGAUCAAGAGAAGCACUUUCUCUGUUGAAAAGUAUGAAAGAAGGAGGUAUUGCUCCAACUACUGUGUCAUAUAACACAGUUUUAAGGGGCUUUUGUAGAGAUCAUAAACUUGAACAUGCAUUGAAGCUAUUAGAAUGCUUCGAGUGGCUUGAGAGCGGCCCUGAUGUGAUUUCAUUCAAUACAGUUCUCUCUGCAGCAUGUAAACUUGGGAAUUUAGUUCUAAUUCGCAGGGUCUUGCAUUGUAUGGAAUUUAGAGGUGUUGAGCCAGAUGUAAUAAGCUUGACCUGUUUGGUUCAAUAUUUGUCUACUAUGGGAAGAUACUCAGAAUGCUUGAAAUUAUUGGAAUACAUGGUAUGUAAUGGUCCUGCUCCCUCAAGUGUCACUUUCAAUAUUCUCCUUGACAAGCUUUGCAGAAGUGGAUUUAUAAGCACUGCAUACCAGAUAUUUGAGGAUCUCCAAAAUGCUGGAUUGUUGCUUGACAGAAAAACUUACAGUAUUCUUCUACGUGCCUUAUUAAGGAAGUGUGAUGACAAUUUGAUUGAACGACUGCUUCAGGAUAUGUACAAGCAGAGAUUGUCUCCUGAUCUUUCUAUUUAUGGUUCAAACACUAAUGAUAUUUGUCAGGAUGGUAAUAUAUCUACUGCUCUCUUUACCAGGGGUCAAACUCUAGGGAAUGGACUUAGUCCCUCUAUGGAAAUGUACAAUAGAUUGUUGAAGGCUGUGGUGCCAAAAAAAUAGGCAUUGGAUUAUGACUUAUGACAGGAUGGUGAAAAACUAAUGGCACGAUUUCAAUUAUUGGAGUUCUAAAGAAGAAUUUUCAUGGGUUAUGGAUCAUGGUUUCUAUAGCAUGGGGCAAUUGAUUGAAAUACAUAAAGUGCUGGUGAAUGGCUAAUGUGUGUACUGAUGGAGCAGUUGACCACAUUCUCAUCUCAUGCACCAGCAUCAGAAAACGCGAAGAGCAGCAUUGAGGGACCUUUUCCUUGAUAUUUUGCCUGCUUUUCCAGGCAGAAAAUUUUGUUGGGGGGUAAUUUUAGUUUGGACCUCAGCCUCUUCUUCGGGUCUUGGAGAUGACAUCUCACUAUGUACUUUGCUGUUAUGGACAUUAGUGGCUACGAGGGUCGAAGAUGAUAACUAAGAUCCAAUUAAGCUAUGUUUAUUGAGCAUUAGGAGAUAAAGAUAUGAAAUUGCUCCUUUUUUAUGCGACUUCUUUGGAUCUUGGAAAAGUCAUCUACGUAGUCGGCUGUUAUGGAAAUUAGUGGCUACGGGGGUCGAAGAUGAUAUCUAAGAUCCAAGUAAGUUAUGUUUAGGUGAGCAUUAGUUUGAGUGGGAGAUAAAGGUAUGAAACUAUGCAACUUUUUCUUUAAAAAGCAGACGUGCUGUAGUAACUGCUAGAAGUGAUGAUAUUUUUUCUUCUUAGGAUCUCUGUGAGAUAUAAACACAAACCGUCUACCACACUUCAUUUUAUUUUGUUUCUGAUCUUUUCACUGCCCUUGAUUAUUUUCCCGGUUUGUUUUGGGAGGAUUUUAUAUUUAGCUGCUACUUGACUCUAGAUUUUGAGGUUCUAGCAUGCAGGCCCUUUGGAUUCAGAGUUUAGGAUAGUUCAUUUGUGGUGUUGGAUAUACUUCCCUUGAGAAACUAUUUUAGGCUUAGAGUUCUUUGAUGAUACAUGAUAUCAUCUUUAUUUUGUUUCAAUGUUUCUAUAUGUUUGCUCAAUUAACGACAUAAAAGACUUGUUCGUUGAGAAAAAUGUUUGGUGA